GAGACUCUCAAAUUGCCCUCAUCUCCACCGUCCAUCUAAUCCAAAGAUAGCACAUAAGACACGUGGCCUCAAUAUUUCCAAAAUUCAUGAAAAAUAAGAGGGAUUUUUCCCACGCAAAACAUUUGUCCAAAUUUGAGACCCAAAACGUAGAUAGGUUUUCUCUCGUCCCGUUCCACAAAAUUUCCAUGAAAUCCUUUGCUGGAGGAUACUCUGUUGGCUUCAGAUCACUUUGUGCCCUCUCCCUCCUAUAUCUGAGUAUGUUUCUCCUUUAUCUUUUUUUUUGAUAAUUAGAUGGAAUAACAUUCACAAAGUACAAUGGAUUUACUCUCGUCCUUUCUAAUGUGUUAUUGCUUCAAAUGUGCCGAAAUUAGUAUUUGUGCAUCUUGUAUCUACCUUUGUGGGGGAGGAGGGUGGGCGAAGGAAAGGAAACGAAAGCCCAAAAAAAAUUGUUCUCGCAACAGUUAUUGCAUAAGAGAAUUUCAAAAUAUCCUUUAUGGGCUAGUUAUUUUGAAGAAAAAUUUGCUGUGUUAUUGUUAUUAUGAAUGUGAUCUCUGUUUGGUCUUUUUCAGAGUUCAUUGUUUUUUUUUGGCAUUGUUUUUAUAGGUAUUGAAUAUGAAUGUGAUCUCUGAUAAAGGCAAUUUGACUCCUGAAAUUGGUUUGGAAUUUAACACACUCGACGAGGCUUGGAAUUAUUGGAUUGAUUAUGGCAAACAUAUGGGAUUCUCUGUUAGAAAAGCGUUUGUGAAUAAAAGUAAAAAAGAUGGACGGGUUACUACGAGGGGUUUUGUGUGCUCAAAAGAGGGUGUGCGGAGAGUAGACCAACGUCAACUCAGUCCCGAUAGUCAUAGAGAUGAGACAAGAACCAAUUGUCCUGUGAAAUUGUCUCUUUCAUUGGUGCAGGAUAGUGGAAAGUAUAGGGUUUAUGAAUUUGUGGCUGACCAUAACCAUCUCCUACAUCUAGCAAACACCACAUAUAUGAUGAGGUCACAAAGAAACAUCUCUGAGGUGCAAGGUUUUGAGAUAGAUUUGGCAUGUAGUGCUGGCAUUAAGCUUAAGAAGGCACAUGAGUUGAUGAGUAGACAAGCUGGUGGGAGAAGCAACCUUGGCUUCACCAAAGAUGAUCAAAAAUACUACCUCAGAACAAAAAGGGAAAAGGAUAUGGAGUAUGGUGAAGCUGGCUCUAUUCUCAGGGAAUUUAUUGCUUGAAGAAGAAGUGGGCUAAAUGCUACUUGAAAUACAUAUUUACUUUGGGGUCAAGGAGUACUCAAGCAAGUGAAAGUAUGAGUAGUGAUGUGAAGGAUAAUUUGCAAUCUGAUGUUAGUAUCGCCAAGUUUUUUGGUCACUUUGAGAGGGUAGUGCAAGACAAAAGACAUAAAGAGUUGAAAGCUGAUUUUGAUUCAAGGGAAAAGUCACCUACAUUAGCCUACAAAAACUCACCUAUGUUGCAACAAGCUUCAAAAGUGUACACAGCUAACAUGUUUAAGAGAUUCCAAAAACAGCUUGAUCGUGCAUCUGCAGCAACCAUAGUAUAUUCGGAUAAUAGCAAGGAAGUAGAGGAAUACAAAAUUAGCCUUUUAAAAUCAAAUGGACAAUGGGUUGUAUUGUUCAAUCCCAAAGACAAAACAAUCUCAUGUAGCUGUGGUUUGUUUGAAAGUCUUGGAAUUUUAUGUUGCCAUGCGUUGAAGGUCUAUGAUCGAUUUGAUGUAAAAUACAUUCCCGAAGCUUACAUUUUGAAAAGAUGGACAAGAAUGGCAAAGAGUGGUUAUACUGAAGAUGAGGGACAAAUUAUUGUUGAAGAUGUUAAUCUUCAAGUUACACAAAGAUAUAGAAGUUUAUGUCCAAGGAUGGUACGAUUAGCAUCACGAGCUAGUGAAGAUAAGGAGAUAUUUGCUAUGGUCUUGGCAACAAUGGAGGAGCUGGAAAAGAAAGUUGAUAACCAGUUGACAAUGAAACAGGAUACUAUACGUGAGUCAUCUCAGAAUGAGCAACCAUCUCAACCUGUAAUGGGGAACAUUAAAGGGAUUAAGAAGCGAGUAGUGAAUCGUAAGGGUGGAAAACGAC